GGAUUGAAAAUUUGAACCAUUGGCGAAUCACAUUCCAACCAAAAGAAAGCCAAUUCCAAUUUGAUGAGUGAUUCUCCACUUCUCCUACUAAUUCAACAACAUAUUACACCAUUAAACAACACAAACUCAUCGAUCACUGAUCAAUGAUGAUGAAGGUGAUAGAAGAGAGUCAAGUUUCACCACCACCCAAUUCACUUCCAUCACCAACCACUCUCCCCCUAACCUUGUUCGAUAUCUCAUGGUUCUUCAUCAUACCCCCAGUUCAACGCAUCUUCUUCUACCACUUUCCUCAUCCAACUCAUCACUUCCUUCAAACAACACUUCCCAUUCUCAAACACUCUCUUUCUCUCACUCUCCAACACUUCUUCCCCUUCUCCUCCAACCUCAUCAUCCUUCCUAAUUCUGAUAACCCUCCUUACAUACGCUACCUCGACGGCGACUCUCUCUCCUUCACUGUCUCUGAAUCCUCCGCAGACUUCAACCUCCUCAUAUCUGAUUCACAAGACGCCCAAAACUGGCACCCUCUUGUUCCUAACCUACCUCCACCUCGCACCGAACCUAACGGUACAACUGUCGUCCCUUUAAUGGCUAUUCAAGUCACCGUUCUACCAAACUCCGGCUUCUCAAUCUGCCUCACUUUCAAACACGUCGCUGCAGACGGAAAAUCACUUCACCAUUUCAUGAAAUAUUGGGCUUCUCUUUCAAAAGCCAUAGCAAACAACAACAACAAUAGUUUAUCUCUUGAUCUUCCUUCCCAUGAAAGAGACAAAAUACUUACAUUCCCAAAUGCCCCUAAGCUCACAUACUUAUAUAAAGAUGCUUAUCGUUCUAGUUAUGUUGACAAGGUACGAACUAGUUUAGUAUUGAGUCAUGAACAAGUUCAGAAACUGAAGAAAUGGUUUGGAAUUCCGAGAAGAAAAAACUGGUUAUCUCCUCCCCUUCCAUAUUGCCCUUCCCCCUUUGAAGAUCCCAGCGGCUAUUGUUUGCCGCUCCUUGAUGUCCUCCGAUAUUCCUUUUUCUGUUUGACACAACCUUCCAAGGCUCAUUUUCUCUCACCACUUCUCUCAUACCUUCUCUCUCCUGUUUCUCUCUCAUGGAGAUUGAGAAUCUUGUUUCUUGGAAGAAAAUGGUUUGUUGAUAAUUGUAAAGACACAACAAAACAUAUAUCAACUUUUGUUGUAACAUGUUCCUUGGUUUGGUUUUGCAUGGUGAAAUCAGAGAAAAACACAGGUGGGGAUGAUUUUGUGGUUGAUGAUCUAUGCAACUUCUUGUUUCUUGCAGAUUGUCGCGAUCGUCCCGAAUAUUCAUUACCGAAAACCUAUUUUGGAAACUGUCUUGCCUCUUAUAGUGUGGUUGUGAAGAGAGGAGAGUUGGUUGGAAAAGAUGGUAUUGUUGUGGCAGCAAAUGGUAUUGAAAGGAAGAUAAGAGAUUUCAAGAGUGAUGCUUUGUUGGGAGCUGAAGUGUUGAUGCCUGAUUAUAGGCAAUUAUGGAAACAAGGUAUGUCUUUUGUGGUGGUUGCAGGGUCACCAAAACUUGGUGUUUAUGAGACUGAUUUUGGGUGGGGGAAGCCUGUGAAAUCUGAUGCAGUGCAUAUUGAUUUGUUUGGUUCGAUUUCUCUUUCGGAUUGUAGAGAUGGUGGAGGUGGAAUUGAGGUUGGUUUGGCUCUUGAGAGGAAUCGAAUGGCUAAUUUCGUCAGCAUCUUCCAAGAACAACUUGAUAGUAUUUGUAGCAUCCAAUUCCUUUAAGUAUAUGAAUGUACUUUAGUGCAUGCUUUAUUAUUAUUA